CAAAGAGGCAUUGUGACAAGCUCUCUCUCCUUACAGCAACGAGAUGCCUGCACCGAAACGUCCUCUCAAUGAGGAUUCAAUAGAUCUCGACGAGCAAGUUCAUCCUUCUCGCAGACGAAAGGUCGAGGACGAUGAGGGCCGGGUCGAACUCGCGAAGAUUUUCAACAAUUUACGCGAUGAAAUCCCUAGCGUGCGCUUGGAAGCAACGAAAGCAUUGCUGAAGAAUCUCUCAUCGCAAUCGCCCGAUCAAUCCUCGCGAAUUGAUUAUGCCACAACACGGCUGAUCAAAGGUGUCUGCAGCGGUGCCAAAGCCUCUCGUCCCGGAUUCUCCAUUGCUUUGGCAGAGACUCUGCGCCUGACGUUCGACAAAAAAUCAGAAUCUUCUACCACUAUCACCUCGCUCGUGGAAAAGAUCAUAGCGCUGACCAAUCCUGAAAGCAAGGCGAAGGGCGAAGAGGCUAGAAACUAUCUACUUGGUCGCCAGUUUGCGUACCAAGCUGUCUUGCGUAGCCAGAUUCUUCACUACAUCUCCGAAGACGACACCAAAAUCUUUUUCGAUGCAGUCGCUGAUCUUGCGGUCCACAAGCAAUGGCUACGGACCGAGUGUGCAGCCGGUCUGUGUAACUACCUUGAGAGCGAGACUGCAAUCGCGCAGACGGGCAAGGAAGCACAUAUACUGCUUACAUCUUGGUCGCAAAAAGGCCUGAUGAAGUCACCCGAGGGAGUCGCAUUAUUCUUGACAUGCAAGAAAAAGUUCCCUGAUAGCAAACUGCCCAAGAACUGCUGGCAUCACAAUGAUCCAUUUUCGCCGCAAGAAAGAUCUGUCCUAACUAAAAUCCUCCUUCAAAAUUCUAUCGACGACGACGAUGGUGUCAACAGUGGAGCUAAGUCAUCCGGCGCUCGUCAGAGCACGCCGAACUUUGCAUGGACCGUAGUGCUCGCUCAUCUUUUUGAGGAGGGAGAUGUCAAGCAGUUCUCUCAAUUUUGGUCCGAGUGUGUCGCGAAACCAAUGUUCUCACCAUCUUCAUCGACCGAAAGGAAAGCACUCGGCUUGCAAAUAUUCACAAAGGCCGUGGCCGCAGCCCCCGCAAGCUUGCUCUCGAACAUUGUACAUGCAAAUAUCAUGCAAUGCAUCGUUGACCAACGGGCCAAGUCCGAGCGAUAUCUCUUCGAGGCCACGAAGCAGCCGCUAAACCAAAUCGUCGCUCGUGCAAAGCGAGACAGCGCCGCUGCUGUCGAACUGCUCGAUCAAAUGCUGACGGUUGUCCCUACCACACCUGACAAGCAGAUCAAGACCACUUUUGAGGCUUUGCUGGCCGCUGCAGACCCGCAAGGCUUAACGAGAAUUGUAAAGCGUAUCAGCGACACCUGUUGGCAGCCAGGAACGCAGGACGCGGGCGAGGCGGAAAAGCGGCGUCGGACCCAAGCCGAUCUACUCCUAGCCCUAGUUCGCACCCGAAGAAGUGAGCCUACCCAUUACCUGAAAGAUCCUGAAGGAAAGUCUAAAGCUUCCAAUGUCGCCGAAUGGCUGCAGGCCUUGUUCGGGAACUUGGCCGAGUUGGCGUACGGGUCGGAACGACAAGCCACGUCGCCUCGGCUUUCAGAUUCGAUUCGCGAGGUGUUCCGAGAGAGGCUGACGUCCGCGCUGGGUCACAUCGUCACCUUGCCGCUUAAACAAGCCAUCUGGCCGCCGCGGGUCGUGACAGAAAAAUUGUACGACAUGCGAGACAGCUUAUCAGUCGAUAUUUCCAAGGAUUCGACAAAGCUCCUCAAGCAGGCCCGUAAGGUUCAAAAGGAGACCACAGAAAAAGCCAAGGAUUCUUCCGAAGCAUCACCUGUUGUUAUGCAUGCACUCCAUUUGCUCCUUUCAUUGGGAAUGCUCCAAGUAUAUAAACAAGAAGCCGAUAGCGAGGGAGUCCUCGAAGAUAUCAUUGCCUGCUAUCAAAACGCCGGUGAAAGUGAUGAUUCUUCAACGAUGCUGGUCGAACUACUGUUGAGUUUUGUUUCGAAACCCUCGGCGCUUUUCCGAAAACUUGCCGAGCAGGUUUUCACUGCAUUCUCGCCUGACGUGACGAGCGAAGCACUCGAGUCGAUGAUCGACAUUCUGGGCCAAAAAGAAAGCAUUGCUGGUCAGCAAGAACUGUUUGACCAACAUGAUGACCACGACCAUGCUGGUGAAGGUUCGGACAAGUCCAGCGACAGUGAUGAGGAUUUGGAGGACGCAUCUGAUGUUGAGCUGGUUAACGGAGAGGUCAACGGCGGCGGAAAGGGCGCGGAUUCCGACAACAGUGAGGACGAGGCCGAUGACGAAACCAACGACAACGACGAAGAACAAGCAGCCUUCGACCGCAAGCUCGCCGACGCUUUGGGCACUGCCGGCAUGGAACAAGAUUCUGAAGAUGACGGAUCCGACAUGGACGACGACCAGAUGAUGGCACUCGACUCGCACCUGACCACGAUUUUUCAGGAACGCAAAAAGACCGCCAACCGCAAACAAGAGAACAAGGACGCCAAAGAGAACAUUGUCAACUUCAAAAAUCGCGUCCUCGACCUCCUCGAGAUCUAUGUCAAAGGGCAAUACUCCAAACCAACCGCAAUAGAUCUAAUUCUGCCUCUGACCCAAUUGACCCGCACGACGAGCGGUGGUCCGACGGCAACCAAGGCCUGCAGCGUGUUGGCGCAAUAUUUCGACGCGUGUAAGAAACACCGGAGCCUGCCAGACGGACCUGACGACGACGUUUGCUUCGAAUUGGUCGAGGCACUCAUCGCCGAUGCCCGGCUCGGGGGCUCGAAAACACACGCUAGCGCAUGCUCGCGAUCGCUCCAAUUCCUGGCCAAGCUACUGGUUGCGAGAGAUCCGGCACAUUGGUUGAAGAUUGCGCAGCUGUAUAUCGAGCUUCAGGCCGAAUGGCGGACUGACGCAAAGACCAAGAUUCACAGCAGCGUGCUUAACGAUUGGCAUAGCUGGUCUAUGCAACGAUAGAUGUGAAGUGGACCAAGGCUUGUAAAACAAUAUGAAGAUGUGGAAUGAGCAUAGCUUGCAUAAAAUUCAUGUUCGCGUACAAUUCGUGGAAAUCUAUGUGCUGAUGGACGACCUUUUUUCUCUAUUUCCGCCUCCCGAAUCUCCCUUUGCCUUUGGCUUUGGAGUUCUUGUUCUUGAUAUUCAGUCGCCGGAAAUUAGGAUUGGCCUGGGCGCUGACCAUCCGCUUCUUCGACUUCUUCCCAUCGUCCUGUGCCUUUCCGGCAACGUCUCCGCUUUCCUCGUUAUUUGCAUCAUGAUCCCGUUCAUCGUCUGCAGCACCAGCACCAGCAUCGGCAUCAGCACCUGCAACUUGUGUUUCUUCAACAGCUUCUCCAUCGUCUUCAUCGAUGGUGUGUAGAUCAUCCGUCU